UCAGGAUCACCGAGGUGUCCUUUUUCUGAUCAUCAUGAAGGUCUUUGCAGUAAUCCUCGCGCUGGCAAUCGCCUCAGGCUGCCAUGCAAGAAGUAUUGCUCAGGAUGACUGGAUGAGCUCCUGGGAGUUGACGGUCGACAAGUUUAAGGAUUAUUUCACAGAUCUGAACACAAAGGCCGACGACCUGGUGCAGAACAUCAAGAGCUCGCAGAUCAGCAGAGAACUGGACACCCUGAUCCAGGACAGCAUGUCAGAACUGGCCAUGUACAAGGACGACGUGCAGUCCAAGCUGGCCCCCUACACUCAGGAGUCUGCAGAACGUCUGGGUCAAGACCUGAAGCUUCUGGGUGACAAACUCCGCGACCACAUGACAGAGGCCAAGGAGCAGAUGGACAAGUACACCCAGGAGCUGCAGACCAUGAUGGAGCAGAACGUCGAUGACGUCAGAGCCAGGGUCUCCACCUACACCCGCAAGAUGAAGAAACGCCUCAACAAGGACACCGCAGAGAUCAAGAAACAAGUCGCUGACUAUUUUGAGGAACUUGGAUCCCGCACCUCAGACAACAUGGAGGAGAUGAGGACACGUUUCGACCCUUAUUUCUCUCAAGUGCGUGACAACGCCCAGGCAAAGAUCACCACCCUGAACAGUCUGCUGAAGACGCAGGUGGAGAACAUCAAGGACAAGCUCGAGAUCACAACCGAGGACAUCAGGGAGCGCUUCGAGAAAACCACUGGAAAUCUGCGCUCCACCCUGGAGGAGAAGAUGGAGGAGGUCCGCAACUGGUUUCAGCCUUACGUCUCCAUGAUCAGUGACAAUGUGUAAACACUGUCAUCAAAGUGUCUGGACUGUCUACUUAUCCAUCGCUUUCUGUAUCCAAAAAGCUGGUUUGUAAAGA